AUAUAAUUAUAUUAUAUUAUCAUUACGCACUUUUCACUUUUUCACACCUCACUCACUGAGUAAACCUUCGCGGGUUCUACUAUUUUCUACCGCAAUUUUUUCAGUGUUCUCAGUUUCUUGGAGAAAUCCUCAAUUGUCACAACAAUGAACGGAAAUUCUCAAAACAAUUAUAGAGGUGGCUGGAAUAGUAAUAAUAUUCCAUCCACUAAUUUUAGUCCGGGACUAAUUCCUCAAGGUAGUGGUCCUCACGCCUUUGCUGGUAACUGGCACAUACCACAUCAAACGCCGACAUACUAUGCUGAUAACCGGCACAUACCACAUCAAACACCGACAUACUAUCCUGAUAACCGGUACAUACCACAUCAAGCUUCGGCACAGUAUGUUAACAGGAACUUAGCACAUCAAACACCAACUGAUAAUAGGCACUUACCACAUCCAAUGCCUACACACUAUGCUGACAAUAGGCACUUACCGCAUCCAACUCUGACACACUAUGCAAAUAACAUGCACUUACCACAUCCAACGCUGACACACUAUGCUGAUAACAUACACUUGCUACAUCAAACGCCGGAACACCAUGCUGAUAAGAGGCACUUGCAACAUCCAACACCGACACACUAUGUUGAUAACAUGCACUUAACAUCUCAAAUGCCGGCACACUAUGCUGAUAAGAGGCACUUGCCACAUCAAACGGUGGAACACUGUACUGAUAACAAGCACUUGCCAUCUCAAACGGCGGCACACUAUGCUGAUAAGAGGCACUUGCCACAUCAAACAGUGGACUGUACUGAUAACAAGCACUUGCCACAUCAAACUCCGGUACACUAUGAAGAUAAAAUGUGUUUGCCACAUCAAAAGACAAAAGACUUGACUGAUAAAAUGCACUUACCAAAUCAAUUUCUAGAAGAUUGUGCUGCUAACAAGUGCUCACCACAUAAAACACCAGAUCACAAUGCUGAUAAGACAAAGUUACCUCAACAAACGUCAGAAGCCUAUGCCGAUAAGAGGCAGUUACCUCAUCAAACGUCAGAACACUCUGCUGAUAAGAACUUAUCUCAACAAACACCUAAAGACUCUGCUGAUAAGAAGCUCUUACCACAACAAACACCUAAAGACUCUGCUGAUAAGAAGCUCUUACCACAACAAACACCUAAAGACUCUGCUGAUAAGAACUUAUCUCAACAAACACCUAAAGACUCUGUUGAUAAGAAGCUCUUUCCACAACAAACACCUAAAGACUCUGCUGAUAAGAACUUAUCUCAACAAACACCUAAAGACUCUGCUGAUAAGAAGCUCUUACCACAACAAACACCUAGAGACUCUGCUGAUAAGAAGCAAUUACCACAACAAACACCUGAAGACUAUGCUAAUAAGAAUUGCUUACCACCGCUUUUAUUCUGUGAAGUUUGUGAUCUUAUUUUGAAUCCCAAGUGUAUGGAAAGUCAUAAUAAAGGAAAGAGACAUCGAGGAAGGUUAUUAGAAGUAAGUGAGCAAGCAACGAAACAUAAAACUUCACGUGGAGAAGAGAUUGGACAUAAUCGAAGUUCUCAAAUUGGUAAAGAAGCCUAUGUUGAUAACAAAUGCUUACCUCAUCGAAUGUCAGAACAGUAUGCUGCUAAGAAGAACUUAACACAACAAACACCUGAAGUCUAUGCUGAUAAAAAGUGCUUACAGCAACAAACACCAAAAGACGUGGCUAAUAAAAGGCCCUUACCACAUCAGAAGCUGAAAGCCUAUGCUGAUAACAUGUGCUUACUGCAACAAAGAGCAAAAGACUUUGCUAAUAAAAGGCCCUUACCACAUCAGAAGCCGGAAGCCUAUGAUGAUAAGAAUAACUCAUCACAACAAGCACCUGAAGACUAUGCUAAUAAGAAGUGCUUACCAUCAAUGGUAUGUUGUGAUAUUUGUGAUGUUAAGGUUAGUCCCAAGUGUUUGAAAGAUCAUAAUAAUGGAAAGAAACAUCAAAGGAGGUUAUUAGAACUACGUGAGAAAUCAAUGGAACAUAAAACUUCAAAUGGAGAAGAGAUUAGACAUAGUCAAAGUUCUCAAGAUAAUCCAGUAGUUCAACCUAAGAAAGUUCCUGCUGUUGUUUCUAAAAGGAAAAGGCAUCGCACUCGUGCAAAGGAUCUUGGUUUCAAGGUAGAGAAUGUGAAAAAUGAAACUUCAAGUUUCAAGGAAAAGAAAGUUCCAGCUGAAAUGUCUAAUAUAAGUAAAGUCAUGGAUAACACCGAUGCCAAGUGUCAUGGUUUCAAACACGAGAUUGAAGGAGCAACAGGAGGUAAGUACAUGAAGAUGAAUGAUGGGACAAGAAGGUUUGUGAAAUCAUCAAAAAUUGAGGUCAAUGCUGUGUCGAAUUCGGUCAAAUCUCUAGUGCAAACACCUGAAAUAGCACCACCAUCAGGGUGCGUGGCUUCUUCUGAAAUAGCACCAGUCCUUGCUGAAAGAUCUAGUUUUGAGCUACAGUCUCAACAUGUUUCAGCCUCACUUUCUCAAAAUACUACUGUGGAAAAGAAUGAUCAGCCACAAUCAACCCCAGUAGAGUUGAAUGCCUCGUCAAACUCUAAUAUUGUUGCCGAAACAGAAUAUACAAGUUCUGAUUUUGCUGCAACAGUAACACCACAAGGUCCUGUGGCUUCUCAUGAUCAACCACACUCAAUAUCAAUGGAGUUCCAUGCCACUGCCGGUUCUGAUGUUAAUACCUUGAUCAAAGGUACAUGUUCUGAUUCUGGUGCUAUCCUAAUAGCACCACCACAAUCUCCUAUUGCUUAUGAGGUACCCACACCAGUAGUAGUUAUACAGACCGAAAUGUCAGAUAGCAAAGUUCAUAAUGAGAUUCAGAAUCAUAUUGUUGAUUCAAAUAAUCAGCAACAUUCAACCUCAACGGAGUUGCACAACAUUGCCGGUUCUAUGACAAACAACCAAACAGAAGUUGUGAAUUCUGACUCUACAGCGAUAGAAAUAUAUACAGAACCACUUGCAUCCCUACUGCCAGAUGCAGGGGGGUCAAGUUUUGAGCCUGUUGAGAGCCAACAUCCUGCUGAGGAAUCAGAUAUUGAACUGCUACCACCUGUCUUAAUGGAGAUUGAUGGCGCUUUAGAGAUCAGUGUUGAAACCAAAACUGAAGAUGGGAGUUCUCAAGCGGAAAGGAAGAUGGAUGUCGAUCGUUCUCCUGAAUCAGGGAAAACUAAGUUGCUUAAGGUGUCUGUUUGUCUUACGUGUGGCGAUGAAGGCUUUAAAGAGGCAAUAGUAUAUUGCAGCAAAUGUGGAGAUUAUGCAAUGCAUAGAUAUUGUUUAGCUGGUCCUGUGAUUUUUACCGACAAGGUUACUUGGUUUUGUGAGGAUUGUGAAGAAAUGGUAUUAGAAGUAGAUCAUCCUAACACUGAAACUUCAGAAUCAGUAAAAGAUGAAGUUGUUUUUGAUCCGCAACCUAUUGCUGAUCCAAUCUGGAGUGGAAGUUUGCAGGUUUUCAACAAAAGCUUUGAUAAAAUCAAUGGACUAAUGGGCCAUUUGUCCACAUUAGCUUGCCCUAAAGUUCUUCAGGAGGCAAGACAUCUCCCUGACGUGCUUUAUGCCAACUUGCUUCAAAGAUCAGCUGUUUGGCCAAAGAGUUUCAAGAAAUUUGGAACAAAUAAUCUGAGCAUUGGGCUCUAUUUCUUUCCUGACAAUGAAAGAGUUGAGAGAUAUUAUGACCAGUUAGUUGAUGAAAUGAUUUCCAAUGAUCUUGCCAUUAGAGUUAUGGUUGAAAAAACUGAGCUUUUAAUUUUUCCUUCUACAUUGCUCCCAAGACAAUACAAGAGAUUUCAUUCAAAGUAUUAUUUAUGGGGUACUUUUAGAAGAAAGCAUGCCUCAAGCACCAUGGAAGAUACAUGAUCCUGGAUAUGAGUGAUGUUGACGUGUUAAGGAGAUAAUAGUUCUCAUUUUUUGUUACCAAUUAUGUAAUUUAAAAGAUAAUUUUUUUAAAUAAUAAAUUUUAUAGGUUUAAACCAA